CCCGGAGUAGGCCCUUUAUUAAGAAUGUAUGAGGUCAGUAUGUGACGUAACGAAAUUCAUCUAUUUCAAGUAGCGAGAAGUGUCUGGCCGCUAUUUCGGGUUACAGUGCUGAGUUGCGAUAGCUGCGAAAAGAACGAGUUAAUUUUUUCGAAUACAGGACCGAAAAAUCGAUAAAAAAUGUUGAAGCAACACUUGGACAUGAUUGGAAGGAAUGAGCCCGUACAGAGGAAGGCGAAAUUUUGGCAAUCGUACGUCAGAGCUUUAAAAGGCACAGACGACAUGAGAGCACCAGAACAAACACACUACUCAAAAUACCCCACCCGUGGCAUCUUCCGACCAGUCUUAAAUGUAGAUUACCCAACGUGGCCGAGCUUAAAAUCCAUCUACGACGACCCAGUCCACCCCAGCGAACGCAUCAACGUGCCCGGAUACAGAUACUUGCCAAUUUCACGCGAAACUUACGGAAUCUCCCCCAGAAACCUGUACCCUCAGAAUUACAGUUCACCACGUUAUGAACCGACCAAAACAGAUCCGCCAUUUAAAGCGUUGAACGAUUGGAACGAUCAUUUGAACAGAUUAGCAGAACUCGAUAACUUAUUUCCAAAAAAGUACCCACCUUUGCAUAAGUCAAUGACUCCACCACGUGAACUGUACGUUCCAAGGACUCGUCCCAGGUCCAUCUACGAAGAUCCGAUGAGAGCUCUUGGUUAUAAUUAUGCUGGUCAGCCAAUUUACACCAGACCUCUUCCACCGAGACCCUUACGAGAGAUGUUUGAACCCAAUACUCGCGUACCGAUUUCUCGCUUUGUGAGAGAUCCCUGGUGGUGGGAUUACCCGGAAUUGAAACCUUUUGAGCCGCCGAAUCAUGGAGGAUAUAAACCGUCACCAUUCUACCUCAGAGAUAGCUAUUUAUCGCCUGUAAAAAGAACGUAUCUAUGGGGUCAUCAUCCAAUUCGGCCAUUCAGUCAACACUACUACUGAGCAUGAACGGAAAAUGCAUAGCAUCCAUUGAAUGAUCCAAAGCAAUUUCAAGAAAAAUGAUAAGUUUGUUGCAGAUUGAGAGAAAAUUUACUCAUCAAUUCGUUAAUUUAUUAUAAAAAAUUGUGAUUAAUUUAUUCAAUUUAAUAUGUAAAAUAUAAAUUUACCAAAUUCA